GAAGGCAAAUGUCAGGGUACAGAUGGGCUAUGACAGCAGACAUGACUCGAAAAAGGAACUUGUGGUCAAACUGACCAACGACCAAGAUUUGUACUUCCUCUACACUUUGCACCUGGCUGAGGAAGACUUCCAGAGCCUGAAGAUCCAGCAGGGGCUACUGGUAGACUUCACGGCGUUCCCGCAGAAAGUUAUCGACUUGCUGGUCAUGUGCAUCCGAGAGGAUGAAAAAGAGAACCCAAAAUUUGUGCUCCAGUUCAUCGAGGGAGGUUCUGCAAUCUCCGCGUGCAACAUGAACAUCGUGGAGACAAACCCGUUCCGCCACCUGAACCAUCUGUCCCUCAAGUUCUUACCUGGCUCUGAUGGCGACAUAAAGACUCACCUGGUCACCUGUCUCAAACAGCUCAAGGAGAGCUACAACGUGAUUCAGCAGAAGUUUGAGCACACGUCCCAGGAUCUAAGUGGCAAGCUACACGAAACCCAACAGCUGUUGUCGUCUAAGUCAUCUGAGCUGGAGUCCCUGAAGCAGGAGUGGUCGUCUCGUUUGUCGGAAGUGUCCACUCGCCACAAGGAGGACAUGACCCUGGAGAAAGAAAAGGCCAUACAGUUCCAGUCGAGCCUCCAGAUGCGGUUUGAGAAGGAGAAGCGAGAGCUGGAGCAGACCCACGCCAAGACGGUCAAGCAGUUGGAGACGCGACUCUCGGAGCUGGAGGCCAGCACAAAGGAUCUGACCGACUGCAAGUACCGGUCGGAGUCCACCAUCCGUGAGUGUCGGGGGAAGCUGGGUGUUCUGGACGAGGAGAACCGACGGCUUAAGACGGAGCUACAGAGCACGAGGCAGGAGAACUCAAGUCUGGACAACGCGCGUCUGGACAUGGACAAGUCCCACAAUGCUUUGCAGACGCGAGCGGCGGUGCUGGAGCAGGAGUUGAGAGACAAAGGAGAGCUGCUGGAAAAGUCAAGUGAUUUGUUGUCUUCAGAAAAGGAGAAGAAGAAACGUGCCGAGGCAGAAGUCGAAAGGCGACAAAAAGAAGUGUCUCGGCUGGAAAACAAGGUCAAGGCUAUGGGGGAGGAGUUGAAGAAAGGCAAUGAAAUCAUUAAAAAGCUGCAGGGAGAAAUCAAGUCAUACCAUGCCAAGGUGAAGUUACGCACUCAGAUCGCCACAGAGCAGGAGAAACUGUUGGGGGAAAAGGAGCAGGAGCUGGAGAAAACCAGGCAGGAGCUGGCCGUCACCAAAGACAAGCUGCGAGAUUUUGAGGACAAGAAUGAAAAGUUAACAACAAACUUGGAAAGUGCAACGCAGAAACUUGAAGAGAGCAAAAAGCUGCUGAAGACAAAUGAAAAUAUGAUCCAGUGGCUGAACAAACAGAUCAACGAGCAGAGAGUGUCGCAGGUACAACACGGGACCUUUGAGAUACCCAGUGGACACACGCGGCCGCCGCUGUCAGGCAUGCACAACUUUAGUGCCUCUAGUCACGGCUCAGUGGUGCCUCACGAUGAUGGCAGGACUCACAGCGCCUCGCUGAGGCAGCGGCCGGGAUUUGGAGGGUCCCAUCAGGUCCAGUAUCAGCCUGUGAUGGAGACGCCCGUGGUCGCCAACGGACCCGGCAGCAGCGCUGCGCCGGUCAGACAGAGUGGCCUCCCUGUCCCCAUCACGUCGACCGUCUCUCACAACGGAAUCUCGCCGCGCUCGGGGGAGGGGCUCAACUCUAGCGGAGGCAACAA